AUGUGGCAUUCUUGGCCUCGUGGUGUCAAGAGUAACUACUGGGACGUCUGUCCUCGUGGUGUCAAGAGUAACUACUGGGACGUCUGUCCUCGUGGUGUCAAGAGUAACUACUGGGACGUCUGCCUUCGUGGUGUCAAGAGUAACUAUUGGGACGUCUGUCCUCGUGGUGUCAAGAGUAACUACGGGGACGUCUGUCCUCGUGGUGUCAAGAGUAACUACUGGGACGUCUGGCCUCGUGGUGUCAAGAGUAACUACGGGGACGUCUGUCCUCGUGGUGUCAAGAGUAAUUACUGGGACGUCUGGCCUCGUGGUGUCAAGAGUAACUUCUGGGACGUCUGUCCUCGUGGUGUCAAGAGUAACUACUGGGACGUCUGUCCUCGUGGUGUCAAGAGUAACUUCUGGGACGUUUGUCCUCGUGGUGUCAAGAGUAACUUCUGGGACGUCUGUCCUCGUGGUGUCAAGAGUAACUUCUGGGACGUCUGUCCUCGUGGUGUCAAGAGUAACUUCUGGGACGUCUGUCCUCGUGGUGUCAAGAGUAACUUCUGGGACGUCUGUCCUCGUGGUGUCAAGAGUAACUACUGGGACGUCUGUCCUCGUGGUGUCAAGAGUAACUACGGGGACGUCUGGCCUCGUGGUGUCAAGAGUAACUACUGGGACGUCUGUCCUCGUGGUGUCAAGAGUAACUACUGGGACGUCUGUCCUCGUGGUGUCAAGAGUAACUACUGGGACGUCUGUCCUCGUGGUGUCAAGAGUAACUACUGGGACGUCUGUCCUCGUGGUGUCAAGAGUAACUACUGGGACGUCUGUCCUCGUGGUGUCAAGAGUAACUACGGGGACGUCUGUCCUCGUGGUGUCAAGAGUAACUACUGGGACGUCUGGCCUCGUGGUGUCAAGAGUAACUAUUGGGACGUCUGGCCUCGUGGUGUCAAGAGUAACUAUUGGGACGUCUGUCCUCGUGGUGUCAAGAGUAACUACUGGGACGUCUGGCCUCGUGGUGUCAAGAGUAACUACUGGGACGUCUGUCCUCGUGGUGUCAAGAGUAACUAUUGGGACUCUUGUCAUCAUGGAGUAAAAAAUUGUCUUACAAAUUCUUAUUUGCGUGUAGCUAAUAGCUGUCUCGUAUUCCGUUCCUUCACCUCUAUGACACCUAGGAGAGGCGUCUUAAUCCUGGCUGACAAUUAUAUCUAA